UGUUUGAAGAUGGCGGAUGUUGCUGCGGAAGGAGCUGCGGCGUAUUGGAGUCUGGACGAUUCGGAUCAGGAGCAGCAAAUGGUGUACGUCCCAGGACUCUGUAGAGAAGGAAACUGCAGACCAGUUGCCAAGGCUAAAAGUUUAAAGACAGCUGCUUCAAAGUCGGGGAACUCGCGCCCUAACUGUUCUGCAGGGAUGGAUUUGUUAUCAGACUGGGGGCAAAAUCAUUGUGAGCAACAGGUGGUUCAGCCAGAAGCUGGGAUAAGAAGUGCAUCUUUGAAGGAUUUGUGCCCAGAAGACAAGAGACGAAUUGCAAAUCUAAUCAAAGAGCUUGCGAGGGUGAGUGAGGAGAAGGAGGUGACGGAAGAGCGUUUAAAGACCGAGCACGAGUCGUUCGAGAAGAAGAUUCGCCAUUUGGAACAGCAGAACAACCUGAUUGCUACAGAGAGGGAAGCUCUGCAACAACAGUACCGGGAGUGCCAGGAGCUGCUGAGCCUGUACCAGAAGUACCUGUCCGAGCAGCAGGAGAAGCUGAACCUGUCCGUGUCACCCCAGCAGGUCCCUAAAACCCAAAGACCCACAGCAAGUGAGCUCAACGGUUCCUAUCUCGGCCAGCACAACAACAAACCCAGUAGUGAAAGUGGCAGCUUACACCCUAUUGUACAUGAUACCAAGCCAUUGUGCAGAAGUGACCCCGCACCCAGAAACGGUUAUCAGUGCCUCCCCAAUAGAUGCUCUUCCGAAAACCAUCUUCAGAAUAAAUGCUCUGGUGCACGGCUACCUGACAUGCAUUGCACAGACUACUCUUGCAGCCAUUACUGCGGCAGUGCCUUAAAGCAACCGGUAUCCCAUUGCUGCUUACAUGAUACCAUAGAAAGAAUCCCCGCUGAUUUGUCAGUAGUACGACCUCUAGAAAACUGCUCAGUCUCCAGAUGCUCCACCAUGUCUGGCAUAAUCAAUGGUGAGCGAGCAAAAGUGAAGGAUUCAGACAAAGGCAUUUCAGAACAGCGAAAGCAGGAGCUGUUGCUGCAGAAGCUGGAGGUGGAGAUCGAGAAGGAGCGGCUGCAGCAGCUUUUGGCACAGCAGGAGAUCAAACUGCUGGAGAAGCAGCAACAAUUACAGCAAGCUCGGUUGGAUGCCACCAGAACUCUGCCAAAUCCUGAAAGUCGGAGCAGAGAGACGGUAGUUAUGUCCACACCUUUACCUGGAGCAGUCAACUUAGUGAAUGGCUCCCGAUACAGCCCAGUGAUCCCGACCCCUGCAUCCAGUAAGGGCAGGAGAAAACCACUCAGUCCCAGCCAAAACGAGUCCGAAGGAAGAGCUUCCAGAUUAGAUGUCGAGGGGCAGAGAAAUGGAUUGUGUGCCCCGCAGCCGUCCACUGUCAUUAGAGGAUCUACAAAGGAUGCCGCUACAUCUCCUGCGGUGAAAAGUCCCAGGGUAGAGGUGAAAAACCAAGGGCCAUCCCUGGAGCACAGAGAGCUGUACAGGUACGAGACCUCUCUCCUCGACAUGCUGGAAGCCAUCAGCCCCAUUUCUGCAGAGAGACAACGACCUCAGACCUAUGAUUUCAGUAUCCUAAGCCCGACCCCCCGCAGCAGGUCCAAGUCCUUCCAGCCAGCUGUCAGGAGACGUGAGCCCCCCCGUGUGGAUCCAGAAGAGCGAGAGAUGCUGGAGGAGAUCUUCUUCAUCUGCUGACGCUCUGCAGAACAUAGACCUUUAAUGCUGCAAUCACUGCGGGGUAAUCAUUGUGCCGGCAGCAUCAUGAACUUCUCCAGAGAGGCUACAAGUGACCAACGUGCACGUUCUGAGUGUUUUUUGCAUCACUUUAAGAGGGUUUGUAUAAAGCAGCAGUAAGGAGCUACAUUUCCAGUGGUGCCUUAUAGCUCCCCAAACCCUGCCAGAACAAUGAAAUGCUGUGGAGCGUUGCACUGUUUUUUUUGUUGUUUUUUUUUUUGCCUUUCUUUUUUUAAAUAAUUUAUUGAGCAGAUUUUUGUGUGAACACAUUCAUACUUUCGGCUGUAAUUUGCCACUAGGCUCCAUUUCAAUAUGAGCCACAGAUGAGCUUUCAAUAAGCAGGAUCAUCAUGCCCAUUAACCCAAGAUCAAUAUGUAAGCCGCCCGGACCCUGCGGCACUACAUGGCAUUAAAACAUGCCUAUUGUUUUAUGAGCCUUAGCCUGUAUGCCGUUAAUGGAUUCCCCCUUUUUUUGCACUUUUAUUUUCUUGCUUUUAUAUACCUGCAGGUUCUGUCAUUCUUCUGACUUUAGGAUGUUGAACAGCAUAUCUGACAAUAUGGGGUAUAAACACUACCUAAACAUGAGUCACUUUACAUAUAAAUUGUAUUACUCAUCCUGUACGGAUCCUGAGUUACAUCCUGUAUUAUACUCCAGAGCUGCACUCACUGUUCUGGUGGAGUCACUGUGCACAUACAUUGCAUUACUUAUCCUGUACUGAUCCUGAGUUACCUCCUGUAUUAUACUCCAGAGCUGCACUCACUAUUCUGCUGGUGGAAUCAGUGUACAAAGGUUACUACAUACAUAAAUUACUUAUCCUGUAUUACAUCAUGAAUUAUACUCCAGAGCUACACUCGCUGUUCUGCUGGUGGAGUCACUGUGUACAUACAUUACAUUACUUAUCCUGUA